UCCUCUAUGCUCCAUGUAUGAACAAGUAUUGAUAUCAUCACCAGUUCAACAAACCUACAAACUCUUUGAAACAACAUUUCAAAAUACUUCAACUUCAGCUAAAUCACAAGAAAUGGAUAAUAACGACAGCAACAAUGCACAAAAGAAGCCAUUAACAACAGUACUUCAAGGUGAUGGGUUCUACUUUGAUAGACUCCUUUUAAGACAAUCUUCAAUUGGCCAAUCAUCUCAUAUAUAUUACAGGAAUGCUGAUGGAGUUCCUUUUCAAUGGGAGAUGCAGCCCGGAACCCCUAAAAAUCCACCGGAAAAUGAUGUCAUCCCACCCCUUACCCCUCCUCCGGCAGUGCACAGUUUAGGGCUACCUAAGCCUUGUGUUGUUGAUCAAUCGAAUAAUAAGGGCUCUAACCGGUGGACAGUCUGGUUUUGGAAGAAAAUCAAGAAAAAGAAUGUCAAUGGCACGGGUUCUGAUAACUUCGAAAGCUCAAAGGUCUUCAACUCCGAGAGAGAAUUUGUGGGUUCACCUCAUGAUUCAAGUUCUUCGUCUUCUUCAUCAUCAUCGUCUUCCUCAAAUUGUCCGGCUUUUCAAAGGGAUCAGUUGGAUGGGCCUCUUGUUUGCGGUCAUUGGAACAUCACAAAAAUACUGAGUGAAGGGAACAUAAUUACAUGUUAUUGCAGCACAUGUAAGGCAGUUUAUGUGCCUCAAGGUAAUGGUUUCAUCCUCAGCAAAAUUGUUUCAAGAAAUUCUUCAGUUGGCCAGUCUUCUCGUAUGUAUUAUCGGAGCACUGAAGGGGUUCCCUUCAAAUGGGAAAUGCAGCCAGGGAAGUCCAAAGAUCCGAUAAAAAAUGAAGUCAUUCCACCACCUAGCCCUCCACCGGCAGUGCAGAGCCACGGUCUACCUAGGCCAUGUAUUGAGAUUGAGCAACCUAAGGACUCAACCAUGUCAAGGCUUUGGUUUUGGAAGAAAAAGAAUAAAAACCAACAAAAUAAGAAAGUUCUCAAAUCUAUCUUCUAUAAUUCUCAAAACUUGGAGUCUUCCAGCUCUAACAGGGAAUCUGUAGCGAAACUUCGUAAUUUAAGUUCUUUAAGCUUAUCAUCAUCUUCUUCAUCCGGUUCCCUUGUGCAGAAUCGAUCAUUUCAAUGCAGUCCUUGGAGAAUCAAAGGUACCCUUGUUGAUGUCAUACGAUGGGUUUAAUUUGAUGUUAUAUGUUUGUGUGGGUGGGUAAACAUAUUAUUUUACUUUUGUAAUACAACUCAUGAAACAUUUUUCCCCUUCU